AAAUGCUUUCACAACCAUCUUCCCUGCAUUUGGCUACUCUCUCUUUCCAGUUGAGUGUAAAUUCAAACCUCAAAAGGAGAAAUCCCACCAUUAAAUCCCAUCCCGCUGCAUAAUUUCAUUGUUUGGGGCCAAAGUCUCUCACUUUUAAUGAGAUGGACAGCUUGAAGCUAGCUGAGCUUGUGCCUUUCCUUGCCUUUCAGACAACCCACAUCCAUAUUUCUGUAUAAUUAUUAUUAUAACAUCACUUCCCCUUUCUCCAGAUAGAGAUCGAACUCCUCCAGCAUUAACUCUCUCUCUCUCUCUCUCUCUCAUUCUCAUCAAAGAUCAAGUCUUUUGUGGGGGCUUUAAAUUGGGUUUUUCUUUUUCUUGGGAUCUUUAUUGUUGGGGUUUGGUGAGUGGAGCACUGGUGGCGGUGGUGGUUGGUGGUUGCUUCUCUCUCUACCCCUCUCUCUCUCUCUGUGUUUGAGAAUUAAUAGGGUAGUGUGAGAGAUAUGGGGAGGACUCCAUGUUGUGACAACAAGAAGGACUUGAAGAAGGGGCCAUGGUCGCCGGAGGAAGAUGAGCUUCUUCUGAACUACAUCAUCAAGAACCAUGGACAUGGAAGCUGGCGUUCUCUCCCCAAGCUUGCAGGUCUUCAACGCUGUGGGAAGAGCUGCCGGCUAAGGUGGACAAAUUAUCUCAGGCCGGACAUUAAACGAGGCCCCUUCAGCAAGGACGAAGAGAAACUCAUCAUACAGCUUCAUGGCAUGCUCGGAAACAGGUGGGCUACCAUAGCUUCUCAGUUGCCUGGAAGAACUGACAAUGAGAUCAAGAACUUAUGGAACACGCACCUGAGGAAGGGCCUUAUCGCCGUGGGGAUUGAUCCACAAACGCACGAGCCUCUUGCCUCUAACUGGUUAAGUAACAAUGCACCUGCUUCCGCAGCCACCCGUCACAUGGCACAAUGGGAGAGUGCUAGGCUUGAAGCUGAGGCUCGGCUUUCCAGGGAUUCAUCACUCUUCAGCCGUGUUCCAGAGAAAUCUGAGUCUGACCAUUUUCUGCGCUUGUGGAACUCCGAGGUUGGAAAAUCAUUCAGAAAGCUCAGUACCUCGGAUAAAUUUGCAUGCCAAAGCCCCAUUUCUCAGGCAUCUUCAUCGACCAAAUGUGGAUCGCUGUCAGCCGUGACAACAGAAGUUGGCAACUUAACUGGGUCAUCAACCAUGGCAGGCAAUCAAAACGAAGAUUUGAUAUACAGACCUUUCUUGAUCAACACUGAAGAUGUGGAAUAUAAACCCUUCCAGUUCAACACUGAAGAGGUGGGAUACAAACCCUUCCAGUCCAACACCGAAGAGGUAGAAUUCAAGAUCUGCCAGUCCAACACUGAAGAUGUGAUGGCGGGGUCUGUCUCCUCGUGUUCAAAUGAUUUGGAGGACUCAUCAGAUACUGCAUUACAGCUGCUGCUGGAUUACCCAACUAAUGAUGACAUGAGCUUCUUAGAAAACAAUGCCAAUGACUAUGCAACAACUCCUGCGGAGCUGACACCCAAUUCUUUCAUUUGCCCCCUCUGAAGCAGGCGUCCGAGCUUCUUUUGUUUUCGAAUCUACCGCACGAAUUUUUGGUGGUGGUUUUCUAUAAGCCGUCGAUUUAGUUAGAGAGCUAAGAUGAAGGGUUCUGCGCUUAAUUUUUGGCUUACACUUAAAGAGGCAGUGCUGUUACCACACCACUUAGUAGGGUUUCAACAACAAUCCUAGUUUGUUCAGGAUUCCGUAUAUAUAGUAGAUAAAGAUUCCUCGAUCGUUUCAGACA